AUGUUCGCCUCCCCCAUCUACCGCAGUACCUGGAAGGGCGACGGCAAGAGCACCGCCGCCGCCCUCGUCAUGCAGAAGGCCUUCGAGGGCGUCAUUCUGACCGCCUCGUACCCCAAGAGCCAGAUCGACAUCUAUUUCCAGGUCCUCCAGAACGACGGCGGCGCGCUCGUCGCCGCUGUCAAUGCUGCCAGUUUGGCACUGGCUAAUGUCGGCGUCGCCAUGUCGGAUUUCGUCGUCGCUUGUGGUGUGGGCUUUGUGGACGACACCUUUGUCGUUGAUCCUAGCUCGUUGGAGAGCGCCUCGGAUCGCCCGGAGCUCACGCUCGCCGUCUUGAGUCACUCUGCUAAGAUUGCUUCGUGUCAGUUGGAUAGAAAGCUCCCGGAUGGCGAGUCGUUUGAACGCGCUUUGGAGUUUGCGACGUCGGGUGCCAACCAAAUUUUCAAGGUCCUCGAGUACGAAGUGCGCAAGUAUAGCUUGAACGGGCCCGGCGGGCCGCGGCGCGGCGUGGCGCGCGCGAACCGGCCGCGAGGGGGAGAGGCCGGUGGCGAGCGCCAGGUGGGCGAGACAGGGGAGCUCGGGCGCGGGGGAGCGCGCGGGUGGGACGAGCUCCGCGGCGGAGGGCUUAGGGAAGGCGGGGUGCGCGGGUGCGCGUCCUGGGGGCGGCGGGGGCGCGGCUGGAAGCCGCGCGAGAGGAAGUCGGGCGAGGGCGGCAUGCUGGUGCGGGGAGGCGGCGAGGUUGUCGGCGCGGGGGGGAGGGUGAAGGGGAAGGUGAGUGCGAACAAGUUGAUCCGGACGACCCUGGAAGAAAGCGGCAUGCUUUGU